AUGAGUGCAGCAAUGACCAACACGGUAUACGAGUGUAUGUGGGUGCCAACCAGGAAGAACGAGCCAAGGGGGGGCGAGGGUGAGGAUUUAAAGGAGGAGAAGGGCUAUUUUGGAGAGAAGCGGGUGUUGGUGCGGCUGUACGGCCCGGCAACAACAAUGCUGUUCCAAAGGGAGCACGAGGAGGCAGUCACCCGAGCCAUGUCCGAACUUGGCUUGGGACCGAAGCUGCUAGCGUCGUUCGGCACCGGCAGGGUGGAGGAGUUUCUGCAAGCGAAGCCGCUGACAGCAGAGGAGAUGCGGCAGCCGGAGACAUCUCGGCAGAUUGCACGGCGUAUGAGGCGCUUCCCCUCGCUGCAGCUCAGCUGGGGGGAGGCCGUCUUGUCCAUAGCCGCUGACAGCAGAGGAGAUGAGGCAACCCGAGACGUCCCAGCAGAUCGCACGGUGCAUGAGGCGCUUCCACUCGCUGCAGCUCCCAUACACCACACUUGGGGAGGUCGCCUCGUGCCUGUGGUCCCGUCUUCGGUAGGUCAUCACUCACUUGUGCCAGUGCACCCACUUGUGCCGGUGCACCCACUUGUGCCAGUGCACCCACUUGUGCCGGUGCACCCACUUGUGCCGGUGCACCCACUUGUGCUUUCGCUGCUGCAUCCCUGGGGCGUGCACGGGGCCAUCCCGCGUCAUCUGCGGGAGAGAUUCCAUCUGCUGAAAAGCAGCAUGCUUUUUCCAGCUUUCCACUUCGCCUUCCUGUCCCCCAUGCGCUGGCUGUCCCUGGCACAGCUGCUGCACCCCUGGGGCGUGCACGGGGCGAACCCGAGGCAGCUGGGGGAGAAGAUCCACAGGCUGGAAACAGCACAGCCACUUCAGGUUUCCUUUUCCUUUUUUCUCCCCGUCUCACCCUCCCUGUUAUGCAGGCGCUGGCUGUCCCUGGCGCAGCUGCUGCACCCCUGGGGCGUGCAUGGGGCGAACCCGAGGCAGCUGGGGGAAACAAUUCACAGGCUGGAGGCGGCAGCGCACAGGCGGUGGCGGGAGGAGGGGCAGGGAAAGCGGGAGGGGGGGGAAGAUGAGGGGGCGGAAGGGGAAAGGGAGGCGGAGGCGGAAAAGGGGAGGGAGGGGGAAGGGAGUGGGCGGUGGGUGGGGCUGUGUCACAUGGAUGUGCAACAUGGGAACAUUCUGCAGGAGAGAGGCACGGGGAGGAUUGUACUCAUUGACUACGAGUACAGUGGCUAUGCACACGUGGCGUGUGACCUUGCCAACCACUUCUGUGAAAUGGCAGCUGAUUAUGACCAACCUCAACCACACCUCCUGGAUUACACCAAGUAUCCCUCUGAGGACGAGCAGCGGUGGUUUAUCAACUGCUACCUCGCUGCCAAGCCUACCUCUCCUGUCGAUGCGUGUGCGAGCUCCAGUGAAAGGAGCACCAGUCAAAGGGUUGUCCCCCUUACAAGCAGCCUUGCUGAGAGUGAUGCUGAGGAGUUGAUGCAAGCAGUGGACGUUUUUCUUCCCGUGUGCCAUCUGCAUUGGUUCCUGUGGGGCAUUAUUUCAUCGAGCGGUGUUCCCGUCGAGGAGCUCCGCCCGCAUCUCUUCCUUCUCCGUCAAAGGGACGCUACGCAGCACCUUCUCCGCGUCUCUUCCGGCCUCGACUCUCUGGUGCUCGGAGAGGGUCAGAUCCUCGCUCAGGUUAAGCAGGUCUUCAAGGUUGGCCAGUUAGCCGAGGGCUUUGGACGCAAUCUCAACGGUCUCUUCAAGCAGGCGAUCGAGGCCGGCAAGCGUGUGCGUACCGAAACCAGCAUCGCCUCUGGUGCCGUGUCCGUCAGCUCUGCUGCCGUUGAGCUCGCCGCGAUGAAGCUUCCCGAAGCUGGCCUGAAGGAAGCUCGCGUCAUGAUCGUCGGCGCUGGGAAGAUGUCCCGUCUCCUUGUGAAGCAUCUGCUCUCUAAGGGUUGCAACACCAUGACCGUUGUGAACAGGUCCCUAGGCAGUGUAGAGACGCUGCAGUCCGAAUUUCCCGACGCCACGCUUCUCUACAGGCCUCUUCCUGAGAUGAUGCAAGCAGCGGCUGAGGCUGAAGUUGUCUUUACCAGCACAGCUUCGGAGACUCUUCUCUUCGAGGAGUCCAACGUUCAGGGUCUUGGUCCUGCUGGCGAUCUCACCAACGGCGUCAGGCACUUCAUCGAUAUCUCCGUCCCACGCAAUGUUGGCUCCUGCGUGGCCAAUGUUCAGCAGACCAGGGUGUACAACGUGGAUGACCUGAAGGAGGUGGUUGCUGCCAACAAGGAGGAGCGGAGAAAGAAGGCACUGGAGGCUCAGACUAUCAUUGAGGAGGAGCUUCAGGCCUUCGACGCGUGGAGGGAUUCCUUGGAGACGGUUCCUACCAUUAAGAAGCUCCGUCAGAAGAUCGAGGGUAUCCGACAGGCUGAGCUGGAUAGAAUCCUGGCGAAGAUGGGCGAGGAGCCGACCAAGAAGCAGAAGAAGCUGAUUGAGGAGCUGAGCAAGGGUAUUGUGAACAAGAUUCUCCAUGGACCCAUGACCCACCUCAGGAGCGAUGGUAGUGAUGCAAGGACAGUGAGUGAGACGUUGGAGAACAUGAAUGCCUUGGAGCGGAUGUUCGACCUGGCUGCUGAGGAAGCCAGCGGCCGGCGAUGA